ACAUGAUUGGCACCUUCUCUAAUCGCCCAGUGGAGCACUUGCUGCUACAAAGACACACGCGUGCCCGGUUGUGGCAUGAUGCAGCAUCCCGUUGAUAAGCGAUUGUGACUUUUCGGCUACCCUUGGGUGCUGAGCUCGUCCGUGCUGAGUGGUGUAUAAAUAAGGGUCCCGAUCGUGAUCUGCAAAUCAGUCCGAAUCGCAGUGCAGUGGCAGACAGGAUUUCACUCGGUGUCCACGGUAGUGACCGAAAGAAAUGGCAGACUCAGUGCAGAGUGAUACGAAAACGAACGGGUUUCAUAAAACCACCAACGGUCAGCAUGCAGAAGAGCUCAAAAUAGCCAUCAUCGGCCAGAGUAACUUCGCCGCCGAAGUGCUCGAACUCCUGCUCGAACGAGACCACCUAGUCGUCGGUGUGUUUACGAUCGCCGACAAGGGAAACCGUGAGGACGUACUGGCCACAACGGCUCGCCAGCAUCGCAUACCGGUGUUUAAGUUCACUGCCUGGCGUCGUAAAGGUGUCCCCAUACCGGAAGUUCUCGAGCAGUACCGAUCGGUUGGGGCGAACCUCAAUGUGCUUCCCUUCUGCAGCCAGUUCAUCCCGAUGGAAGUGAUCGAUGGGGCCUCGUUCGGUAGCAUCUGUUACCAUCCUUCGAUCUUACCACUGCAUCGAGGCGCUAGCGCUAUCUCUUGGACACUGAUCGAGGGUGACGAGCGAGCCGGGUUCUCUAUCUUCUGGGCCGACGAUGGACUUGACACGGGACCAAUUCUACUUCAGAAACAGUGCCCCGUUUAUGGUGACGACACCCUGGACACGCUCUACAAGCGAUUCCUCUACCCGGAAGGUGUGACAGCGAUGGGUGAAGCAGUGGACAUGAUCGCGGCCGGUAACGCACCAAAGAUUCCCCAGACCGAGAUCGGAGCCAGUUACGACCCGGCCCUGUUCCGUGAGGAGAAUCAGUACAUCAAUCUCAACCAAUCUGCCGUGCGGAUAUUCAACUUCAUUCGAGGACUGGACUCUGUGCCCGGUGCGCUAGCAACGGUGGAGCUGGAUGAUGGUACUGAGAUCCCGGUCCGCCUGUACGGUGCAUCGCUCAGUGCGAGAAGAAGCAUGACCAAUGCUAAGCUGAUACGAUUCAAAGGGUCCGUUGGACCUGCGUUUGUAACGCGCGAAGGAAUCUUCAUCACCGGCACCGAUGGAGCAUUGGUACGGGUUAAGCGUCUGAAGCGAGGUAAUCGAGUCAUUCUCGCUGGACAAUGGUUUGAGCAGGCAAAUACCAGCACGAAACCGUUGGAGCUAACCGAAAAGGAGCAAGAGCAGGACACGCUACUCCGUAGCAUUUGGAAAUCGAUCCUGAAGGUUGAGAUUGAGCCCGAGACGGACUUUUUCGCGUGCGGUGCUGGAUCGAUGGAUGUGGUGCGUUUGGUGGAAGAAGUUAAGGACACGCUGGAGGUACCGAUCAGCAACGAAACGCUCUUCAUGGCACCGAUGUACGGGGAGUUCCUGCAGGAGGUUGUAAUACGGUUGCGUGCUGGCGGUGCUGGGGAUCGUAGUGCAAACAUUGAGUUUGUUGGCAAGCACACAGUGUUGAAGGCUAAUCGGCGUAAAAUAUGUGUCCCAACGCAGCUGUUCAUCAAUGGACAGUUUGUUGAUGCUGAAGGCGGGAAAACGCUCCCGAUCGUUAAUCCUACCAACGAGCAGGUGAUCUGUGACGUUGCUAGUGCCUCCAAAUCGGAUGUGGAUGAUGCAGUUCAAGCAGCUGAUGAGGCGUUCCGAGGUGUUUGGACGUCAGUUUCAGCACGCGAGCGAGGCCAACUCAUGUACAAACUAGCGGACCUAAUGGAACAGCACAAGGAGGAACUAGCGACUAUUGAAUCCAUCGAUUCUGGAGCUGUUUACACGCUAGCACUCAAGACGCACGUUGGCAUGUCGAUCGAUGCGUGGCGGUACUACGCCGGAUGGACGGAUAAAAUCGAAGGCACCACUAUCCCGGUCAAUCCCGCUCGUCCAAACCAUGUGCUAACGUUCACGAAAAAGGAACCGAUCGGUGUGUGUGCUUUGAUCACGCCCUGGAACUACCCGCUGAUGAUGCUUUCGUGGAAGAUGGCCGCCUGUAUUGCUGCCGGCAAUACCGUUGUGAUCAAGCCUGCCCAGGUCUGCCCUCUGACGGCGCUUAAGUUUGCCGAGCUUACGGUACGAGCUGGAUUCCCACCGGGUGUGAUUAACGUGCUCACCGGUACGGGAUCUCUUGCCGGCCAAGCACUCGCCGAUCAUCCGCUGGUACGCAAGCUUGGGUUCACUGGAUCCACACCGAUCGGGAAACGCAUCAUGGCAUCGUGUGCUGAAUCGAACAUCAAAAAGUGCUCCAUGGAACUGGGCGGAAAGUCUCCGCUAGUCAUCUUUGCCGACUGUGACCUCGAGAAAGCGGUACGGCUCGGUAUGUCCUCAGUGUUCUUCAACAAGGGUGAAAACUGUAUCGCCGCUGGACGGCUGUUUGUUGAGGAUCGCAUCCACGACGAGUUUGUGCGCAAGGUGAUCAAAGGCAUCAAGACGAUGAAGAUAGGCGAUCCGCUCGAUCGAGCUACGGCGCACGGUCCGCAGAAUCAUCGGGCACAUCUGGAGAAGCUGCAGGAGUAUUGUGCGAUCGGGUUGAAGGAAGGUGCCACACUGGUGCACGGUGGAAAGCGAGUGCCAAACAUGGAGGGAUUCUUCUUCGAGCCGACGGUUUUCACAAACGUCGAGGAUCACAUGUACAUCGCGCGGGAGGAGUCGUUUGGACCGAUUAUGGUCAUUUCUAAAUUCCAUGCAAGUGAUUUUGAUGCGCUGGUAGCACGUGCGAACAAUACGGAGUAUGGACUGGCCAGUGGAGUUUUUACGAAGGACAUCCAGAAGGCACUGCUGUUUGCGGAGAAGGUUGAAGCUGGUACAGUGUUCGUGAACACGUACAAUAAAACGGAUGUGGCGGCUCCGUUCGGUGGCUUCAAGCAGAGUGGUUUUGGCAAGGAUUUGGGCAAGGAAGCUUUAAAUGAGUACCUCAAAACGAAGUGUGUGACUGUGGAGUACUGAUCGCAUGGAGAUAUGCUAUCGCGCAUAAUGUAUAGAUACAAUAAUACGUUAAUAAAUUAUUUUAAGACCCUUGUGCAACUUGACUUUGCAUCGAGUAAUCCAUUCUGAACGAUAGGAGCUAAGAAACAACAACUUCAGCCAAUAAAACCCCAUAUGCGCCUAAAUGUAUGCAACUCACUUGUCAGGCUAACGCUUCAAUCACGAUUUUGAAUUGAAGCGUUACGGUUACUGUUUUUCUUCGUUAGCACAUCAAACAGCAAACGAAUUGAAAAGUAGUAAAGCACUUCAAGGCCUGUUAUAAUACUGAAACCAAGAAAAAGUCCUAAAAUGCCACCAAAAGAAGCUGUAAAUAAAUAAAUAAAAUAUUCUAUUAAAUAACUGUA